UGUUCAGAUUGAUGGUGUCUAUCGGCCUCGUCUGCGGUGUAAAUGUGAGUGACCUGAUACAGACAGAAGAUCGUCUCAUUCGCUCACUGCCUGCCUGCGUGUCUUGUUGCUGUCUCAUCAGAGUAUCUGGCAGCUGGCGGCUGACUUGUUGGUGAGUUUCGAUGUGGUGUGCAGAAGCACCGCCCCCAUCGACUGCUGGGCGGAGGUCUCCCCCUGCCAGCUGUGCGUCCGAUGGGCAAACGGCCACGAGUGCUCGCCCGACGUGAGUGAGGGCGCCAACACCGUCCUGCUGCCGUCGACCCACACAGACGCAGACCUCCAGCUGUCAUGCAAACACGCAGGUGGGUGGGUUAUCAAUCGAGUUUCCUCAUUCGUGUGUGUGAUGCCUGCUUCUGCAGAUGUGUUCGUCUAAGCGGAUGCCAGUGAGGAGCCACAACACACUCUGCCCAUCACCAAGGUCAGUCAUCGAAAUGAGACACACGAAUAGUAAAUCCACACUCUCACUCUUGUGUGUGUCGGAUGGCUCAGGCACUGCAGAGCUCGUUGUCGCCAUCGAUCUAUGUCUACCCCGUCUGCCCCGCAGUGGCCUCAAAUGAACAGACAUAUGAGCAGACAACUGACAAACGCGGUUCACGGAGGCACACGCUUGGUGCGCUGUGGUGCUUUGUGUGGAGUGUGGCCUUCUUGCGAGCGCCACGCACUUACACACUUCGGCACAGACAAAACAAAAGCUGACGAGACACUGUGCAUGUCUGUCCAUCAAUCAACCACAGUUGCUUGCGUGACGUGACUGUGAAUGUUGAUUGCGUCUUCGGGAAUGGAAUGGGAGCGUUUCCACAGGCAGCCAGCUGUGCCAACUACGAAGUUUGUGCGCUGCCUGUCCGUCCGUCCGACUGUCUUGUCUUGCUAACUGUCUUGUGUGUGUGUGUGUGUGUGUGCUGCAUUGCGUGGUGCAUGUGGAGUGAUCACUAGUCAAUGGAAUGGGCGGAUUGAUUAUGCGAUGGAUGGCUGAUGGAUGAAUGAAGGAAUCACGUCACAGCUCAGCACACACAGCUCAGCACACACAGCACGACCUCCAACCUACCUUGUUUCUCCUGUUACCUUGGUCUCGUCCUGUCCUCGCUGGUCUUCCCUUUUCUUCUCUUGUCUGUGCGUGUGUGCGUGUGUGUGUGUGGUGAUGCCUCCGAAUGGCUAAGGCAGCACGACUCACUCUUUCUGAAUCACUCACUCACGUGGUGACACCCAGGCAGAGAGGCAGCCAGGCGGCCAGGCAGCACACAGACGGUACGUGCGAAAGUGCUGAUGGAUGGAUGGAGGGAGCACAGCCAGCAGGCGGUGGUUCGGAGACAAACGGACCGACGAAUUGACGAUUGUAUGAAC